AUGUCGAAUUUGUUAACAUCUGAUGUUUGUGCUGGUUGUAAUAAGCCGCCACCAAAAGGUGAAUUUAUGCGCUGCACGUCAUGUAAGGCUGUCUAUGAUCUCGAGUGUAUUAAUAUGAGCACUCAGCGAUUUUAUUCAUUUUAUAAGCUUGAUAAGAAACGUCGUAAUGAAUGGAAGUGCCCUGCUUGUCAAUGCAAUAAGCCUAAAAAUGAUAACCAGAAUACUCCGGUGCGGACUGCGCUGUCUCCUGAUCAAACUCAAAAUGUGACUCACCGAGUCAAGUCAACCUCCGCCGUCCUAACUGAUACUAGUAUAAUAAGCUUAGAAGACAAGAUUGAAUCGGGUGACAGGUCGGGUGUUCAACACGCAGUCGAGUUGAAAAAUUUUUUUGAAGAGAUGAGAGCGGUUCGUUUGGAAAUGAGUUUAUUUCGUUCAGCAAUAUCGGAACAAACAGAUUCUAUUAAAUCACAAAACUUGCGGCUGGAUGCCCUCGAAAACAGAGUUAUAGAGUUAGAGAACAGGCCCAUCGAGAAUGAGAAUUGCACAUUAACUAACUUGGAAGAUAAGAUAGCACAUUUGCGACUGGAGAUUGAGGAAAGGGACCAACAACAGCUGGGAAAUGAUAUCGUUAUAACGAACUUUCCUGAGGCUGUCAACGAGAACGUGACACAUGUCAUUCUUGCAAUUGCUAAAAAAUUGGGCUUGAUGCUUGACGAACGUGACGUGGUGGCUGCAUGGCGGAUGGGCGUGCGAAAGGUGGGUGAUAGCGACAUGCAAGGAGCUCGGACUCGGCCUAUCGCUGUGCGGCUGGUGCGUCGCGUUUCUCGAGAUGCACUGUUGCGGGCGGCGCGUGUGCGGCGUAGCCUCACUGUGGAUGAUGUGACUGUAUCCGGUGCUACAUCUUCGUCGGCUCCGCGCCCCUUCUACAUCAACGAGCGCCUCACCGCCCAUAACAAGCUACUGUUCCAGAGGGUAAGAGAGGUUGCCAGGCGCCACGAUUGGAGGUAUGUGUGGACGCGGGAGGGUAAAAUAUUUGCACGUCAAGAAACUGGCAAAGGGCGGCAUCAUUUACGGACUGAGGCAGAUCUUAGCAGAGUUUUUGGGUUUGAAACAGUUGGAGAUGCCAAUAAGUUAUCGGAAAUAUCGGAAAAGUAG